GCUGAAGGGGAGACGACUUUCAACCGAAGCCUGAAUCCCAACCCAACCCGGCUCCACAGGUGUCAGCACUGCGCCCGGCGGGAGGAUGCAGCUGGUCGUCAUGGUAACGGUGGUGCUGGGGCUGCUGGCGGGGGCGAGGCGGGGCUGUGGCUUCGGCUGUCACCCCACUAAUCUCAGCAUCUCGGUGACGAGCUGCGGCCUCACCAAGUGCGUCAACACCACCAUAUGUGAAGGACAGUGCUACCAGAAGGAUCUCAACUACAUCCGCCCGAUUCUUCGGGUUCAACAGGAAAUCUGCAACGGCGACUGGUCGGACGAGGUGACCUACAUCGAGGGCUGCCCGGUGGGCGUCACCUACCCCGUCGCCAGGAACUGCAGGUGUACACUGUGCAAUCCGGUGAACACGGAGUGCGAGCGCUUCAGAGGAGCGGCGCUCAGCUGCUCGUCCUGAUGGGGACGUUUCACCCGCUGGCGAAAUAAACUG